AUUUGAGAGAGAGAGUCUCCUGCUCCUCUUGAUAUGUGUAUUCAAGAGCUAGACCUCGCUGCUACAGGGCACGGGUUCAACGUUUGCAGUGGCUUAUGUCAGAUGCUGAAUUUGUGAAUCCAGUAAGAGGAUAAACUGCUGCAGUCACAGUGUACUGAAGGAUCUCAAUCAUUAAAUUCUAAACCGUCGAAUAUGUUUUCAGCUACAAGAACGUCAAAGCAUUUAAGUGCUGAGACCAUCCUAAAAACAGACACUCCUCGCACACGUGAACUGAAGACACUUCGAGCAAAACGUUUGGCUUACUUUGUAGGCCCUAACCGUAACUGCACAAAUAUACCCAUAGCUGAUAGCAGUUCAGAAGCUAAUGACAAACAAAGUUUUGUUCAUAAUGUGAGUUAUCCACCAAGAGAAAAUUUGCUAAAUGCUGAGCACAAAGGAAAAGCGCUUGAUUGUAAUGACUCAGUUCAAUAUACAAGAAUUCAGGAUAUAGAAAAGGGCUGUCAUAGUGAUUUAGAACCAUCAUCAUUGGCACUCUCUAGGAAUGAUAAAGCAAUUAUUUGCUUGCCAAAACCAGACUAUAACAUGCUGCAUAAUCCUACUAUAUCAGAAAUCCAAAAGCUCAGGCAUAUUCUAAGCUGGGCUCAGAAAAUCCUGAAAAAUAGUGAGAAGGCUAUGACUGUCCCAGUAUCUCAAAACAUUUGCGCAGUAAAUGAAAAAGAUAUUGUGAGCCACAUGGAUUCUGACACUAAACAGUCAAGUACUUUUCAUUAUUCUCAGGAUACUGAUCAAAGUAUCCACACCACAUCUUCCACUGAAAGGUUGUGUGGGUCUCAUUACUCAGCAGAUGCUUCCAGAUCUUCUGAUAGCUGUAGCUCGCUUGAGUUAUUAAGACCUAGUAGGACCUUAAUUCAAAAUUCCUCCUUAGCUACCAGCCUGGUUGAAGAACAAUGUAAUUCAACAAAUUCUGAUUAUUCAAGCAAGCAGCAUAUUUUUCCUGAUAAUAUUUGGAAAGGCACUUUCUCUGAAGAAGAAACUGCAUGUGGAGAUAAUGUUUCAAAUAAUAACUGGAAAAAUAGUGGUGUAGAGGAAGGUAAAGUGCAUGAAGCUCAAUUAGAGUCUCUGGCAAAUAAAAGCCACCAUUUUGUGAUCAGUGAUAUGAGUGCAGUAAAUAGGGAUAAGUACUUCUGGUCUCCUCUUGAAGGUAGCUCAGAUGAAGAGAAUGGCAGAGGAAAUGGAGAAAGAAUGGAACCAACCAAAUCAACUGGAACAGUAACGCUUAGAAAAUCCUCUGCAAUAUGCUGUUACACUUCCAAUCAAUUAACAAGUCCUAUUAAUCUACGUAACACUACAGAACGCAGUGCAUCAAGUCUUUACGAUAGUGAAAAAUGUAAUUAUACAUGGGAAUUUCUUGAGGCAGAGGAAUAUUUAUCAGCUGGUAAUCAUAAGAUGUCAAAAGAAUAUUCAGCAGCUGCAGGACUCCCUGAUAGUUUAUUAAAUCUCGAAAAUGCUAGAUUUGAAUUCAAAUCACAGAUGAAUUCAUCAGCUAUUCCAAAACUAGAUCUUUCAACCACAUGCAAAGGGACAACAGUAACCUCAUAUGAAGCAAUGUCAGCAAAUGACAUAAACGAAGGAACAAAGUUAGUCACUACUUUCCAAGAAGGACCACAAGUUGAACAAUUCCCCAAAAGACCAAGAAAUUUAAAUCUUACGAAUGGAAAUAAAACAUUGCUUUCAGAUUCAUCAAUGUCUCCUAAAUGUUGUAGUGGCAAAAUAUCAGACAAGAUGGUGGCAAAAAAGCAUCUAGCUUUGAGAAGUGAUCCAUUAAAAAAAGAAACAAACGAUAAUCAUGAUGAAAAUGAAGCAAGGCAAAAAAUAAUUGAUUAUCAGUCACCUAGUAAUUUGACUUCGGCUUCUUCCUCUUUGCUAUUAUCCUCUGAUUCCAGUUACUCAAAGGAAUCCAAUUCACAAUUUGUAAAAGAGCAGUCCAAUGGAGGAGAGACAGACCAAAUCAUGGGUGAUAAUAUUGACUCUUUCCUUUCUAUAAGUAAUCUGGUCAAAUUCUGCCCAACAUGUGCAAGUGGUAACAGUUCAACUGAUAACUGGUGCAUGGAAUGUGGAUGUGUUCUGAUUGGAAUAACACCACAGUUUGAUGCAGUCACCAGUAAUGUUAAUGAAAUAUCAUCUUUGAAUCACAGAGAUAGUCCUAUGCAAAAGAAAUCAGAUAUGUUGCUAACAAAAGCAACGGCUGCAUCAAAUGAACAUUCUGACAUUGUGGAUUCUGACGAGAUAAAUAGUUUGAAAUAUUCCACAUUUAAUACUUGUAUUUCUUCAGAGACCAGUGAUCCUGAGCUAAAUACAUAUGAUAAAUAUCUUCUGUAUAUGGAACACCUACAGAAAAUUCGAGGUCAACAUCAAGCUAAAGAACAGCAGCCAACAGAUAUGCUUUUAUUAAAGGAAAAUGGAAAUCAGAAAGAAGUAGUGAAUAAAAGCAACAGCUAUAGUUUGAAACAGGAAAUGGCAAAAUAUAAUACUGCCACAUUCAAAGCAUCUGCAUGUUUCUCUGGCUAUACUGACAAAUUCCAACUUGGCUAUGGGCAAGACUCUGAAGGCAUCUCUAUGAUUAAGCCAGACUUAGGAGCUAUAUGUUUAGAAGAAAAGGCAGAAGAAAUCUGUAUUAUACCAGAAACUUCAGUGCAGCAUUGUAUUCCAGACAGGAAAGGUGUUCAGCAAAUAAACUAUGUAGAAACAGCAAGAAACAUUGGACAAAGAGUUUUUUUGAAGCAUUCUAUUGGAACUCAGCAGAACCAAAUUUCUACAUUUGAAAACAAAAAAAUAACUUUUAAAGAUGUAAAGCCCAGAAAGAGGACGAGUAUCCAAUCACGUUUGAAUCAAUAUAAAAGGUGCUGGGAGAAAUCCAGCACUGCUUGGUCAUCUUAUGCAUAUGGAGCAGUAAAGCCAAGGUCAACAAAUAUGAAUCAACCACGAUCAGCUGAUGACUGUCAGAAAUUCAGAAAGGAAACACCCCUGCACAGUGGCUCUUCAGCUGUGUCAUUGAGGCAGCUGAUCAAACGGCCUGUUAGCGCUAAGGUUCCAAAUAGUAAACGAGCACCACAAGAAACAUCAAGAUCCAAAACACCGCUUCACACUACAGCAGUGACUUCAUUGAAAACUAUAAAAACAUGUGAAGUUGGUGAAAGUUUGAACAAUGCCUUCCAGCCCUGUGACAAACUGGCUGGUAAAGGGGCUGAUGAUCAUUUACUGUGGCUUUAUCUUCCUGAUGAGAUCUGGAUUCAGGUUUUCACCCUCUUAUCACACCAGGACCUCUGUCAGGUUGCCCAAGUCUGUCACUGCUUCUAUCGCUUGGCAAAUGAUGAAACUUUAUGGAAAAUUAUUCAGAUUGAAAAUUGCAAUUGUUUGAAUGACGACAGGCUUGCAAGUAUUGGGCAACAUCACCCACAAAGCCUCAGGCUUUAUCGAUGCAAUGACAGGAGAAAGUGCAUUACUACCUCUGGAAUAAAGAAGCUGUUCAACCAUUGUAAGGACUCACUUAAGGAGCUGAAUGUUACAAGCUGCAGUGGGCCGAUGCUGACAGGUGACACAAUUCUACUCUGUGCAAGUGCAGUUUGUCUCAAGUUAACUUCAGUGGAUGUCAGUUGGACAGCAGCUACCAGCAGAGGCAUCAUAGCUCUUGCUCAAGCUUCUUCAUGUCUUCACAGGCUCUUUGUCAAUGGAUGCCAGCUCACUGAUGAAAGCAUUGAGGUUUUGACUGAAAAGCACAAAACAAGUCUGGAAGAGCUGGAAGUGUUUGGAUGUCAUGAACUAAGUGCACCUUGUUUGAGCUAUAUGGCACGGAAGUGCUCAAACCUACAGAACCUGAACAUUGGCAGAAUACCAAACAUUACAACCUCUUGUCUAAUUCAGAUGGUGACCAGCUUGCAACAUCUAACUGUUUUGAACUUAUCAGGACUGAACGCGGUUCAUGAUCGCGUGGUGCAUCACAUUGUGAGACAGUGCCCAAAAAUGGACCGCCUCACUCUCAGCUUUUGUCCUCAAUUGACAGAUGUCAGCCUGUUUGAAAUAGGCACAUACUUGCCCACCAUCAGGCAUCUUGAUGUCAGUGGCUGCAAGAAAAUAACAGAUACGGGUGUGCAGGCUUUAGCCAUGAGCUGCCACAAGCUACAAUAUCUUGACCUCAGCUCCACAACAACUACCAAAACAGGGAUUUGUCUAUUGGCUGUCUACUGCAAUCAAAACUUAGAAUGUGUGAAACUCAGUUUCUGCAAAGAAAUUACUGAAGAUACCAUUAAAAAGUUAUGUAAAAACUGCAGACGACUGAAGUUGCUUCAUCUAUACGGCUGCCACUCUAUCCAUGAUCUGAAGGCUAUUCAAGAUGUGAACAAACAAGUGAAAUUGCACCACGAUCUUCCACUUAGUAUUGUCACAAAUUGAGGAUGCUGAAAACAUUAAGUUUCCUUUAUCAGUUGUGAUUUCUUCUUUGCUAUACUUUGUGAAAUUCCCACUGGAUUCCCACUUUCUAAAUUGGGAGUUAACAUUUAUCAGAUUGUGACUCAUGUCAUCGACAUUAGGCUUAACCAGUACUUUGUUUACAAUUACAUGACGUAUAAUAUUCCCAUUUGAAGAGGUACCAAUGUUGCAGUUUGGCUUUUAGAAUUGGUUGGAUUUCACUGUGAGUGAUGAAUGGGAUUUCAGCCAUUCAUUACACUUCUUGACCAUUAAUUGCUAUGAGACUUUGUGCUGAAAUCAGCUGUAAUUAUAGAGCCAAAUUGGUGCUCAAUAAAGCAUCUCAGUCCUGUGUGGACAGGACAAGCAGUAGUGAACGCUGCAGAGUCUGAACCCGAAAAUGUAAAUUGGAAUAGUGAAUUCAAUGUCAAGAUAGGUAUAGAAAAGAUAGAUUGUUUGAGAGAGACAAAGAAAAAAUGAAAAUAAAAUUCUGAACAAUGAGA